UCUACAGAUUUUUUUUUAGGCUUGCGAUGCAUCUGUUUCGUUUGUACGGUUAGAAAAGCGAGAAUGGAGGGCGAAUUGAGAAUUGUGGUGAAAUGGAGCGGAAAAGAAUACGAUAUUCUCGAUAUUCAGGAAGAGGAUACUGUUCUUACUCUGAAAGAGCGUAUACAUAGAGAAACGGGUGUUCGUCCUGAACGUCAAAAGCUGUUAAAUCUCAAAUUUAAAGGCAAAGCAGUACGAGAUGAGGAUAUAAUUGGCAAAUUAAAUUUGAAACCUGGCUUCAAACUGAUGUUGAUGGGUUCGCGUGAAGAGGAUAUUGCGGAGGCCAGUCAAGCACCAGAGAAUGUACCUGAAGUGAUUAAUGAUUUAGAUAUAGAGGAAGAGGAAGUAGAAAUCGAAAAAGCUGAAAUAAAUCUGCGUAAAAUCCAAAUACGUAUUGAUCGCUAUAUGAUUAUAGAAUUGAAUCCAUUGAGAGAGGGUAAGAAGCUCCUUGUUCUUGAUAUAGACUAUACUUUGUUUGAUCAUAGAUCAGUGGCAGAAAGCGGAGCUCAAUUAAUGCGUCCGUAUCUCCAUGAAUUCCUAACACGUGCUUAUAAAAAUUAUGACAUAGUCAUUUGGUCGGCAACUAGCAUGAGGUGGAUUAAUGAAAAGAUGAAACUGUUGGGAGUUUCAAAUCAUCCUAGCUAUAAAAUAGCUUUUCACCUAGAUGUUCUUGCUAUGAUUACUGUUCAUACACCGAAAUAUGGCGUUGUUGGAGUAAAACCAUUGGGCAUUAUUUGGGGAAAGUACAAACAGUUCUCUGCGAAAAAUACAAUAAUGUUUGACGAUAUCAGACGAAAUUUCAUAAUGAAUCCUCAAUCGGGAUUGCGAAUAAAACCUUUUAAACAUGCUCACACUAGUAGAGUCAAAGAUUUUGAAUUACUGAAGUUAUCAAGAUAUUUGGAUUUAAUAGCAGAAGUUGAUGACUUUCAAACUCUUAAUCAUAGAAAAUGGGAAGAAUACAAACCCAAAAAAAAUGAUCACACGAAUAAACAAACCAGUAGCAAUGAGAAAAGUUAAA